AUGCUUCUUUCUGCAGACGAAACUCUUAGCUCUGAGAACCCCUUUAAUUCGUACACGAAGCUCCAAAUCAUUCUGAACAAAGCCAAAUCCCCACGGAACAUUGAAUGGUACGAUGGGUGGCGCAAUGGACAUCUUGGUGCUGACAUGCUUACAUGGAGAGGCAUCAACAGUGCCCUCAAUGGCAAAGGCACCUGUGAUCUAAUGGUUGGGCAGCUGGAUCUGAAGGAACUCUUGUUUGACAAGCACGCUACGAAGUGCGGGUAUUCCCAUCAAAAGAUGGACCUGACUUGGCGAGCAGGUUGGCCAAAAUCUGCAGAGCUGUUCUGGUCGUUUCUGGAGGAUGCCAUCUUCAGCAACACCUUCGAAACGGCUUUCAAAAACUUGGUGCGCCACAAGAAACCGGCUGCUGAAUGGAUCUCAAACAGCGAAGUCGAGAACCGCCUGAAUGUAAUCAAAGAGCAAGCCGAUAAAGAAAUCAAGGAAGCCAAGAAAAGGGCUGGUGAGGACCAUUUUUUUGGUGAUAACCCCAUGGCCAUCGUCACACUGGCUUCCCUGCAGGAUGUUGGUGAUGACGACGAUGAGGUCGAAUUGGUACCUCAGGUACCCCCGGAGAUCCUUAAGCCAGCUGGCAAGAAGAAGGGCGACAAGUCCGAGGAACCUCCCAAGCUGGACGAUGACACGAUCAAGAAGCUCGACGCGUUUGAUACCAAGCUUGCUGGCGAGGCUGGCACCCAACCGAGUUUGCGCCUUCCUCCACUUCGUGAGGGAAGGCAUGCGAAGCUUCUCCAAAGUGCUAUCAGCCUGAGGUUGGAGAAUGGGACUCUCCGACCAGGCGAUUGCGUGCUGAUGAUGGAUGGCGGACGUGAAGGUCUUGGAUCUUCGUUACUCAGUGCUGUGAAGCCGUCUGCCACUACACAGUUGAGCAGCAAGUUCAAGUCGAUCAAACACUUGAUGUGGGAUGAGAAGGCUAUCCGCACCAGGAAAAAAAGGAGCCGUGGAAGCGUGGUGACCCAGUUGGAGAGAUUGUACGUGGUCAUGGCAGAAGAGUCCAACUUGCCCUACAAGAAACGUAAGUUCUAUGGGGGCACGAGCCAUGGAGACUGCAUUGGCCCAAUCGUUUGUCCAGAUUGGGAAGAUGAGAAAGAGACCUGGCGAAUGAGUGUUGCCGACAAAAAGUUGGCAUAUGGUGCCAAGAACAGGAUCGCAGUUGGGGGGGAAGGUGAUGAACCAGAUCAUCAGAAGGGUGCCCUGUCAGCAAUAGUACUAUUGUGUACCCCAGCUCGUCACCCAAAAGAAAUCCCUUGCUGA